AGAAGAGAACGGGCGCUUCCUGUAUCGCCCGGCUACAGCGCUAGAUACGAGAAACAACGGCCUGCUUGCAGCCCGAUGCGGGCGCUAGCGCCGGCGAUGCCGAUCCGGUGCGUCUCCCUCGCCUCCCGCGCUUCUCCUUAUCCACGCGCGCGCUGACUCCUUCACCCUCGUUCCAAAUCGCGGCUAAUCGGAGAAGCCCCUAAAUCCUCUUCUAAACCAUAGGACCGAUGCUCCAAAUCGCCCCCAAAUCGGCCCCAAAUCACCACCUCCUGAACCUUGAACUACGGCCGGCGCCGGAGCCUUUGGAGUUCCCUCCGUCGGGGCCUUAUCUCGUCCGGCCGGCAGUGCCUCACCUCGUCCUGCCGCCGGUGCCCAUGGCAGCCUCCUCUUCCGCACCAUGCUGGCCCGCCAGGCUGCAGCAGGUGCUGCGGCUCAAGGCCCUUGCUGGGCACCAUCUGCAGGCGUUGAUUCCUCUGUGUCUCCUUGGUUCACGCAUGAAAAUAUGGAUGACUCCGAUCUGGAAGUAUGAUUGGUUGAUCGAGCAAAUCUUCGCUGUGAUAUUAUGGGCGUGGGGGUCUGAAUGUUCUUCCCUGCGGCGCUAGAGCGGUCUGACUCGGACGUCAGGAGGAAAGGUUGUACGUCCAAGGCACUGGCCGGUCUGAAAUCAGGAUGAGACUUGGAAGAAGGCACAAGAUCAUGACACGAUAUCCACGGCUAGGUGAAGAAUUCAGUCAUUUUUCUCAUUCACGCCGUGGACCAUACGACGGGCUACAGAUCAGUACGUGCAUGUAUCUCUUCCUUGCCAGCUAAAAUGUUCUCCCAAAAUUAAGCCGCCGUGUACACGAGGGCACGCGGAAGAUUAAUUAACGUUAAUUUAAAUUACCGUCGGUAACACGAAAAUAACAGCGUGCCCUCAAUCUUAAUUGCCACCUCUCCAAUUGAACACUUCCGAUACAACAGUGCAGUCAGCCAAUAAUUUAGUUUUUCACUGCGAGCCGGGGCGUUUGUGCCUGAGUCUUGAUCCAUCAUGCAACCUGCAUGCAUGAAAAUUUUAUGGUUGAAUUCGACUAUCCCGAAAUAACUAUGGGAGAGAUAUCGAGCCAGGGGCAAUGCAGUUGGUGGUGCUUUUUAUCUUUCCUUAAAUUGUGGAUCGCUCUUCUUCUGUUUUUUUCCCAGGCCCCUGUACAAAAUGGUUGCCCGUAAGAUUCAUUUUGUAAAAAUUGUCUGUAGAUGUAGCA